AACCCACUGAGUCUGGCGGAAGAGAGCGCUCCCUGAGAACCUCCGAGCUGACGUCAGCGACGGAAGCCGAGGCGGUGACGACGGUUUGUCAAUCGAGCGGCCGACUGGGCUGUGGGCCGCAGGUGUAGGUGGCUGUCCAGGCUUAAGAAGAUUUUGACCCUGCUUUGAGUAACCCUCUUUUCAUCAUGGGGGAGCUCUUCCGGAGUGAAGAAAUGACCCUCGCACAGCUUUUCCUUCAGUCCGAAGCAGCAUACUGCUGUGUCAGUGAGUUGGGAGAACUUGGGAAAGUCCAGUUUCGAGAUCUAAAUCCUGAUGUGAACGUCUUCCAGCGUAAAUUUGUUAAUGAAGUCCGGAGAUGUGAAGAAAUGGACAGGAAACUCAGGUUUGUUGAAAAGGAGAUUAAAAAAGCCAACAUCCCCAUUGCAGACACUGGUGAGAAUCCGGAGGUGCCAUUUCCCCGAGACAUGAUUGACUUGGAGGCAAACUUUGAGAAAAUUGAAAAUGAACUCAAAGAAAUCAACACCAACCAGGAAGCCCUGAAAAGGAACUUCCUGGAGCUGACUGAGCUCAAAUUCAUCCUGCGCAAAACUCAGCAGUUUUUCGAUGAGGCUGAAUUGCAUCAUCAGCAGAUGGCGGAUCCUGAGCUGUUGGAGGAGUCCUCGUCGCUGCUGGAGCCAAGCGAGGUGGGCAGAGGAGCGCCGCUGCGGCUGGGAUUUGUGGCUGGUGUGAUCAACCGAGAGCGGAUCCCGACGUUUGAGCGGAUGCUGUGGAGGGUGUGUCGUGGGAAUGUCUUCUUGCGUCAGGCUGAAAUUGAAAAUCCACUGGAGGACCCAGUGACGGGGGACUACGUGCACAAAUCAGUGUUCAUUAUUUUCUUCCAAGGCGACCAGCUGAAAAACAGAGUAAAGAAGAUCUGUGAAGGAUUCCGUGCUUCUCUGUUAAUCCGAGAAACACCACGGGAAAAGAAAUGAAAUGGCACAGGGUCCAGCACCAGGAUUGAUGACCUGCAACAGGUGCUGAAUCAAACUGAGGAUCACCGGCAGAGGGUCCUGCAGGCAGCUGCGAAGAACAUCCGUGUCUGGUUCAUAAAGGUGCGCAAGAUGAAGGCUAUCUACCACACCUUGAACCUCUGCAACAUCGAUGUGACCCAGAAAUGCCUCAUUGCUGAAGUCUGGUGUCCUGUUGCAGACCUCGACUCCAUCCAGUUUGCUCUCAGGCGUGGCACGGAACACAGUGGCUCCACCGUCCCCUCCAUUUUGAACCGGAUGCAGACCAAUCAAACUCCACCUACCUAUAACAAGACCAACAAGUUCACUGCUGGGUUCCAAAACAUUGUGGACGCCUACGGCAUCGGCACCUACCGUGAGAUCAAUCCAGCUCCAUACACAAUCAUCACCUUCCCGUUCCUGUUUGCUGUGAUGUUUGGGGACUUCGGCCAUGGGAUUCUUAUGACUCUCUUUGCAGUGUGGAUGGUGGUCCGGGAAAGCCGCAUUCUGUCCCAGAAGAAUGAUAAUGAGAUGUUCAGCAUGAUUUUUAGUGGCCGGUACAUCAUUCUCCUGAUGGGCUCCUUUUCCAUUUAUACUGGUCUCAUCUACAAUGACUGCUUCUCGAAAGCUCUCAAUAUGUUUGGCUCAUCCUGGAGUGUCCGUCCGAUGUUCCGCUUUGGCAACUGGACGGAUCAGCUUCUCCAGGAGGCCACUGUUCUUCAGCUGAAUCCUGCCAUUGAUGGAGUUUUUGGGGGAGCAUACCCCUUUGGCAUUGACCCAAUCUGGAACAUUGCUACCAACAAGCUGACCUUCCUCAACUCCUUCAAGAUGAAGAUGUCUGUUAUUCUCGGUAUCAUCCACAUGAUGUUUGGCAUCUCGCUCAGUCUGCUCAACCACAUCUAUUUUAAGAAACCUCUGAACAUCUUCCUUGGAUUUAUCCCCGAAAUGAUAUUUAUGUGCACGCUGUUUGGGUAUUUGGUCAUCCUUAUCUUCUAUAAGUGGUUGGCUUACGAUGCAAAGAUCUCCAGGGAAGCACCCAGCCUCCUCAUCCACUUCAUCAACAUGUUUCUCUUCUCCUACGAUCCCAAAGGUGCACAGCUAUAUAGCGGCCAGAAAGGUCUCCAGUGCUUCCUGGUAGUGGUGGCCAUGCUGUGUGUCCCAUGGAUGCUGGUCGCCAAGCCCCUUGUCCUCCGCCGUCAGUAUCUGUGGAGAAAACAUUUGGAAGGGCAGCCCGAGGAACCCCCUGUCAGCCCAGCCCAGAGCCCGCAGCCAGUAGAAGCAGCAGCGGCUGCAACAGGGACUAUGAAUUUUGGUGGGAUCCGUGUAGGCAACGGGCCGACUGAGGAUGAAGCUGAGAUUAUCCAGCAUGACCAGCUCUCCACCCACUCGGAGGAAGCGGAGGAGCCUGCCGUGGAAGAGGUGUUUGACUUUGGGGACACGGUUGUCCACCAAGCCAUCCACACCAUUGAAUUCUGCCUGGGGUGCAUCUCCAACACGGCCUCAUACCUUCGCCUCUGGGCACUCAGCCUGGCUCAUGCACAGCUUUCUGAGGUCCUCUGGACUAUGGUGAUCCACGUGGGGCUGAACAUCAAGAGCUUGGCUGGAGGGCUCGCCUUGUUCUUCCUCUUUGCUGCUUUUGCCACCCUGACAGUGGCCAUCUUGCUGAUCAUGGAGGGCCUCUCUGCUUUCUUGCAUGCCCUCCGCUUGCAUUGGGUGGAGUUCCAGAACAAGUUCUACACUGGUACCGGGUUCAAGUUCCUCCCUUUCUCAUUCGACAGCAUCCGUGAUGGGAGGUUUGACGACUAACCUCUCUGGGACACUUGAUUUGGAGUGUGGUAGUAAGCUUCUCCUGCAUGCAUGUGCCCAUGUAAUACUCCAAAUGUGUGUAAUUCUCCAGUUGUGAAAAUGACCUGCCUUUUCCCGAGAUCCACGUAGAAAGGCGAAGGAGGUCUGUAGAGGGUACCUUAUGAAUGUAGCAGCAGUUGAGGAAAUUCUGCAUUGUAAUCUCCUUGGCCGGGUCCAGGGAUGGUGUUGGCUCCUUCAAGUUGCACAGAUAGAAUCCAGAGGGAAAGAAUAUUCUCUGCUGUACCAUUGGGGGUGCAGCCAUCCCAUUCACGCAAGUGAUCUGCUGUGUUCCAAGAUUCUAGUCCUUCGUGUCCAACUAGGCUGGGGAAUGAUAAACACUGGUGCUGCAUAAAAGUCUGCUGGCAAUAGCAAGGAACUCAGUGUUCCCCACACACUUUUUUGCUUCUUCUCACUCUGUUCUCUAGACAUGGCCUCUGGAUUUCUUUAUAAGCAGAGAUUUUACUUGAGGGUGGAGGGAUUGUGCUAUAGGCCAGUCAGCUGCCAGUGUCAGUGUUCUGCUGUCUUCACCAGAAUCUUUGCUGUGUCUCUCCUUGGUUAAACUGCUCCAUGCAAGAAAGGCUGUUGGGGGGGGGGGGAGAGAAGCAGGGAAGGGGCUCUCACCAACACUUGCCACGUGGCCCAGCCACUUAGUACAUGGUGUUUAGCUGUUAUUCCCACCCACCCUUUUCAUUUUGUGCUCACUCUCUGCCUCAUAUUUUAACCCCCACCCCCACCCCCAAAUCCCCUCUCUGCAACUUCCCUUUGGGUACAGGCAUCAGCCUCUGGAAAUCCUGGCUUGGAAAGAAAACAGUUCUUUGGGGAAAGUGCCCUGAAUAGCACUACUGGAAUUUUCCCUCCACCCAUCUGAGUGUGAGGGAGGUAGCUUGUGGAGUUGACCCGUGCUUGCCUCUACCUGAUCCCAAGGAAACUUUGACUCUCCCUGCCUGAAAUUUUGAACAGCAUGUUUUGUUCCAAGGAAGGAGAGGGUCUUUUACCUCAGGAAGUCCUCCCCCUUAAUCCCGACACCCAUCCCUUGAUGAGAGGAAUUCUUUUGCGAGCCAAGCUGUUGCUGCCACACCUCAUACUGGGAACAUUCAGGCACUACAGAGGGCUUCCCUUUGAAAACAGGAAUCUCCAAAGGGCAAGUCCUCGUCUACUCUCUGGGCUCUGUGUGCUUUGUGUAAAAUUGUGCAUUGUGUAAUUUGUGUGUGUGUAAAAAGUAUUUUUUGACUAGGGUUCCACUGCUAGAUGGGAUCAUCAAGGCAAUUGUGCUAAGCAGUUAAGCUCUCACAUUUGAACUAGUGGAGGGGAAACUGAGAAGCGACAAACCCCAGGGCCCUGCUUUUGCAAGGAGCCUGUGACAUUUGCAGGGCUGAGGAAGCAAGCAGAAGUGGGGUAGCCCCUUGUGUUUACAUUUGUCUUCGGAGAAACUUAUAGAAGUGUGGUGAAGUCUCCCUGUAUAUCCAGAUCAACCAGUCACACUAACAAUUAAACCAGUUGAUGUGA